CCUUAGAUAUUCCUCGCACGCCAGUUAGAGCGUUGCGCUCCUCUCCCUGUCCACCGCUCUCGCUCGCAGCAGGUCUUCGUCUACGCAGCACACAACCAUCUCAGCGGCUUCUCUUCCUCAGCAUCCACUCUCCCGAGCGAUCUUCCCGUGUGUGAUAUUGAGGGGCGUAGGUUUCAGUUUAAAGUUUGGAACAACAGAGAAAAAUGGAACAGGAAAGGGGCACAAAAAACCUAACUGCCUAAUAAAGGCCGCUAGCAAGAGGGAUAGACGCACUAAACUGAGGAACUCACAAUGGAGGAACAAAAUUUUGUUUCUGUUUCUUCUUCUUCUUCCACUGCCGCCUCGAUGUCGAUGAUUUCGGCCAUCCCCAAUGACGUCCUGGAGAACAUCCUCUCGCGCCUUCCAGUGAAGGCCCUCCUCAGAUUCCGGCGGGUUUGCAAAGGGUGGCGCUCCCUGAUCGAUUCCGAUGACUUUGUGGAAGCUCACCUCAGUUUUGCCAAACUCCACGAGAAACCCUCAUUUGUCGCUGAAUUGGACGAAAAACUUCAUUUCUUCGAUGCCCACGAUCUCCACUUUGUCGUCAGCAUGAAGGAACUUUGGCAGAGCGUGCCAUUGGCGCCAUUGAGUGGUGACUUCGCGAGCAUCCUCUCCACCCUCUCUUGGUUCGAUGGGCUCUGUUGUAUGGGUAUCGAUGUCAACUUCUUGAUUCCCAAAAGGCCGAGAAUAUACCAAAUCAUCAAUCCCGCCACGCGGACGAGUGUGAAGCUUCCAAAAUCAGGCCUUGGCUGCCCGGAAAUCUGUCAAAUCGUCCGUGAUCCGGUGACUCGCGUGUACAAGUUGCUUGUUGUGGAGUCCAUGUACCCCAAAUUCCGGGCUGAGAUAUUCUCCAUUGGCGUUGAUGCCUCGUGGAGGAAGCUUAACGGGGCGUUUGGUUGUCAUCGGCCAUUGUACUGUAGACCAUUUGUUAAUGGGGCCAUCCAUUGGAUCUUCCAUCCUAUGUUAUACAGGAAAACUGGCCGGGUGAUUAAGGGGACGCCAGUGACAAUAGUGGCUUUUGAUGUCAGCCAGGAGAGGUUUUUGACUAUACGGCCGCCGGAAGGUCUGAACGUAGAUGAGAAUUUUGAUUUCGUGGCGGAUUUUCGAGGGUCUCUGUGUUUGCUUCACUUCGACGUGCCAGGCCUGAAAAUGGAGUUCUGGGUGUUACAGGACUAUGAUAAUUCUGUCUGGGUCAGAGAGCAUAUUGCUGAUUGUCACUUUCUUCACAAGGGAGUGGAUGUGUUCAAGAUGUACACAAUCUACAUGGGGACUGUGAAUGACACAGAGAUUCUGUUUCUGGUGAAGGUGAUGGGAUUAAUAGAUGAAUCAGAGGAUGAAAUCUUCAAUAUCUCUUAUAAUCCUGAUCACGCGACGUUCGAGACUGUGGAGCCUAGAGUUGCAAACGAGUUAGAGUAUCCAAUAUUCAAUCUAUAUAUUGAGAGCCUUGCCGGCAGGAAUACUACUGGACAUGAGAAUAAUGCAGAUAGUGGUGGUGGUGGUGAUGGUGAUGAUGAUGAUGACGACGACGACUAUGAUAGCUUUUAUGAUCCUGGUACCGGUGAUGGUGUUGACGAUGUUGAAUAUGAGCGUGAAGUUGAAUUUGGUUUUGAUUGGGACGACGUUAAUGGUGGUGAUGGUGUUGAUCAUAAUUUGCAUGACUAUUAUGGACUUCUUGAUGAUUACUUCAUUAACGAGAAUUUGGAUGAUGAUGAUAAUGAUGGCAGUAGUGAUGGUGUUGACAAUGUUGAAUAUGAGCGUGAAGUUGAAAUUGAUUUUGAUUGGGACGACGGUAAUGGUGGUGAUGGUGUUCAGCAUAAUUUGCAUGACUAUUAUGGAGUUCUCGAUGAUUACUUCAUUAACGAGAAUUUGGAUGAUGAUGAUAAUGAUGGCAGCAGUGAUUAUGAUGACGAUGAUGGUUUUGGUGUUCAUUGGACACAAUUCUUGGAACAAAAUUUUGUUUCUGUUUCUUCUUCUUCUUCCACUGCCGCCUCGAUGUCGAUGAUUUCGGCCAUCCCCAAUGACGUCCUGGAGAACAUCCUCUCGCGCCUUCCAGUGAAGCCCCUCCUCAGAUUCCGGCGGGUUUGCAAAGGGUGGCGCUCCCUGAUCGAUUCCGAUGACUUUGUGGAAGCUCACCUCAGUUUUGCCAAACUCCACGAGAAACCCUCAUUUGUCGCUGAAUUGGACGAAAAACUUCAUUUCUUCGAUGCCCACGAUCUCCACUUUGUCGUCAGCAUGAAGGAACUUUGGCAGAGCGUGCCAUUGGCGCCAUUGAGUGGUGACUUCGCGAGCAUCCUCUCCACCCUCUCUUGGUUCGAUGGGCUCUGUUGUAUGGGUAUCGAAUCUAUCGAUGUCUUUCCCGAAAUGCCGAGAAUAUACCAAAUCAUCAAUCCCGCCACGCGGACGAGUGUGAAGCUCCCAGAAUCAGGCCUUGGCUGCCCAGAAAUUUGCCAAAUCGUCAUUGAUCCGGUGACUCGCGUGUACAAGUUGCUUCUUGUGGAAAUUGUUGUGGAAUCCAUGUACCGUGAAUUCAGGGCUGAGAUAUUCUCCAUUGGCGUUGAUGCUUCGUGGAGGAAGCUUAACGGGGCGUAUGGUUGUUACUGGCCAUUGAACUGUAGACCAUUUGUUAAUGGGGCCAUCCAUUGGAUAUACAGGAAAACUGGCCGUGUGGUUGAGGGAACGCCAGUGACAAUAGUGGCUUUUGAUGUCAGCCAAGGAGAGGUUUUGGACAAUGCGGCCGCCAGUAGAUCUGAACGUAGAGGAGCAUUUGGAUUUCGUGGCGGAUUUUCGAGGGUCUCUGUGUUUGCUUCACUUAGACGUGCUGGGCCUGAAGAUGGAGUGACGGAUGUAAUGGAUGAUUCAGAGGAUGAAAUCGUCAAUGUCUCUUAUAAUCCAGAUCGCAAGACGUUUGAGACUGUGGAGCCUAGAAUAGUGGUCGUGGUGGUGAUGGUGACGAUGAUGAUGACGACGACGACGACGACGACUAUGAUAGCUUAUAUGAACGUUGUUGAAUAUGAGCGUGAAGUUGAAUUUGAUUUUGAUUGGGAUGACGUUGAAUUUGAUUGGGACGACGGUAAUGGUGGUGAUGGUGUUCAGCAUAAUUUGCAUGGCUAUUAUGGACUUCUCGAUGAUUACUUCAUUAACGGGAAUUUGGAUGAUGAUGAUAAUGAUGGCAGCAGUGAUUAUGAUGACGAUGAUGAGGAGUUUCGUUUUGAUGGAGCUUCUCUCCGGAAUAUAAAGGGGAGAAGGGUUCUCCUGAAAUCGAUCAUAUUUAAGAUCAAAAAGCUGUUCCUUGAAGAGCAAUUUUGUCCUGAAAGAGACAUGUUGGUAUCAAUGGAGAAUGAAGGCAAUACUUCUUCUUCACCUGCCACCCUCGCCAUUCCCAGCAUUCCAACAGAUGUCGCCAUUACCAUUCUCUCAAAACUCCCUGUGAAGUCCCUCCUAAGGUUCAGGUGCGUUUGCAGAGCUUGGUGCACCCUCAUCGACUGCAAAUACUUCAGAGAAAUACACCUCAAUCAAGCCAAGCACAAGCAGAAUCCAACCUUCGUCGUUGAAACGGAGGAAGAACUCCAUUUCACAGACACUAAGAAUAUGAUCUUCCGCAUUCGGAAGGAUGAGCUCUCUCAGGCGAUUAAAGACAUAACAUUGAGAAGAAUCAAUUCCGUGAAUCGCAACCUGUCCAUUUUAUCCUGGUGCAAUGGCCUCUGCUGUGUAGCCAACUUCGUCUCUCUGGCAGGCCCAAGAAGCCCUCAAUUCUACCAGAUUGUCAAUCCAACAACGCGGCGAAGCACAAUGCUCCCGAAAUCCAGCCUCCAAAACCCGGAAAUCUGCCAAAUUGUCUAUGACCCUGCUUCUGGUAUGUACAAGUUGCUUGUCGUUGAAUCCGUGCGACCCCAUUUCAGGUCAGAGAUCUUCACCAUUGGCGCCGAUUUCUCAUGGCGAAGUCUCGACGGAGCCUAUGGCUGUCACCGGCCGUUCGAAAAGCCAUUCGUUAGUGGGGCUAUCCACUGGAUCUUCCAUCCAAUGUUUUACAGACAAACUGGCCAUAUUGCUAGGAGUUCACAGAUGCUGAUUGUGGCCUUUGACGUCGGGACAGAGAGGUUUCGGACUCUGUCAUGUCCCCAAUGUAUAUCUCUAGACGAGAACCUCGAUUUCUUGGCAGAAUUUGGUGGAUCUCUGUGUUUGCUUCACUUCAAUUCUACUACCCAGAAGUUGGAAUUUUGGGUGUUGAAGGAUUACUGGAAUUCAGUGUGGAUCAAAGAUCAUAGCGUUGAAUGUGAGUUCCUUCGGAGGGCUGUGGAUUGUUCCUUUAUGCAAACUGUGCAUUUAGGGACAGUUGGUGAUGAGCAGAUAGUGUUUCUGCUCAAGUUGAAGAAACAACCAGAUGAAGAAGAUGAGGAACUGUUCACACCGACCUCUUUUCUUUGGCAAGAAUUCGUUGUUUCUUAUGAUCCCAAUCGCAAGAUACUCAGAUGCCUGAAUUCUAGAAUUAGGGAGGAUAUGAGGUCUAAACUCGGUUUAUACGUUGAGAGCCUGACUUACGCAGAAACAGUUGACUUUGAACUAAGUACAGAUGAAACCUAUUCUUGGUUUCUUCAAAGGUUUAUGAGUGUGGAAUAGCCUUUCUUUGGCUCAACAUAUUGCCUGUUCGUGGAUUUAAUGUGAAUGUGGCGGUUCCAAUGAUGGAUAUGCACCAUCAAUAUCUAGAGUCGUAAACGAUAAACAUCAACAAAAAUAAAUUUGUAGUUUUUUGAAAGGAUCUCUUUCUUGCUAAGUAACUCUUGCCCGUCUAUUGUACUGCUUUUGCUGAGUAACUCUGCUCAGUCUAUCCACUCUCUCUCUCUCUCUCUCUACCUUAAAAUAUUAUACUGCUAUUUUGUACAUUUGU